CUAGAAGCAGGACAGUAAGGAGCUUAAGGCCAAUUCCACCUUUUGUGCGUUCAAGCCGUGACAUCCCCCUCCGCCGCCUCGGUAGGGUUGCCGCCGAGCAGCCCUGUGCCCACACAGCACCCGAAGGCAGUAGCGCCUUGAACCUUGUGCACAUUGUGCGCGGCGGAAGCCGAGGACCUUAGCCGCCCGGAGCUGGAGGGAGGUUUCAGCCGAGGCCGCCGGACCGGCGUUUGUCGCCGUCACUCACGGCUUGGCUGCGUCCACCGGGUGUCAUGGCGGCGCCGACGCUGGCAUUGGUAUCAUUUGAAGAUGUGGCCGUGACCUUCACUGGGGAGGAGUGGAGUCAUUUGGACCUGGCCCAGAGGAUCCUUUAUUGGGAGGUGAUGCUGGAGACCUGCGGGCUCCUGGUCUCAGUGGGGCAUCCUGUUCCCAAGCCAGAGCUGAUGUACCUCCUGAAUUAUGAGCAGGGACUAUGGACAGGGAGAAGAGGACUCUCUCAAAGCACCUGUGCAGGUAAAAAAGCAAAACCUGACACCACAGAGCCUACUGCUUCUCACCUGGCCUUCUCUGGAGAAUUCCCUUUCCAAGAACUACUGACACGGAAAUCUGCAAAGGAUUCUAUUUUGAGGCAAACCGAGGAUGAUGAAAGGCUACCAAAAAUGUGUGAUGGGAACUUGAGGCCAGGAACAGAGCUCUACCAGGAGACCUGUGUUGGAAAGUUGCGCCAUAACCAUAAUGAUUUGGAGAUAGAUGAUGGUCUAAAAGUCUGCCAAGAGCAAGUCACUCCCCGAGAUGGUGGUGUUGAACAUGACUUCCAAGCACCAGGAAAAGACUCUGUGACUGAAGCAAGGAGCAACCCCUACAAGUGCAAAGAAUGCGGAAAACGCUUUAACAAGAAUUGGGCCCUGCUUCGGCAUCAACAGAUUCAUACUGGAGUGAAGCCCUAUGAAUGCAAUGAGUGUGGGAAAGCCUGUCGCUAUAUGGCUGACUUCAUUCGACAUAUGAGGUUUCAUACUGGCGAAAAACCACACCGGUGCAUUGAGUGUGGGAAGGCCUUCAAGCGCAGGUCUCACCUCACAGAGCAUCAGCGUGUUCACACUGGAGAGAAGCCCUAUGAGUGCAAAGACUGUGGUAAAGCUUUCAGCCACCGCUCUUCUUUUAUCCAACAUAAUUUGACCCACAGUAGAGAAAAGCCCUUUUUGUGCAAAGAAUGUGGGAAAGCUUUUUACUACAGUUCUUCAUUAGCACAACAUACAAAGAUUCAUACUGGAAAGAAGCUGUAUGAGUGCAGUGAAUGUGGAAGGGCCUUUACUCAUUGCUCCACUUUGAUCAGGCAUGAGAGGACCCAUACUGGGGAGAAGCCUUACGAGUGCAAAGAAUGUAGUAAAGCCUUCACCCACCACUCUUCUUUUAUCCAGCAUCUUAUGACCCACACAGGAGAAAAACCCUUUUUGUGCAAGGAAUGUGGCAAGGCCUUUUGUGACAGCUCUUCCUUAGUUCAACACAUGAGGAUUCACACUGGUGAGAAGCCUUACGAGUGCAGUGAGUGUGGGAAAGCCUUUACUCAGUGUUCCACUUUUAUCAGGCAUAAGAGGACACACACUGGGGAGAAGCCCUUUGACUGCAAGCAAUGCGGAAAGGCCUUUUGUGUUAGCUCUUCAUUAGUUCAACACAUGAGAAUUCACACAGGUGAGAAGCCUUACGAGUGCAGUGAAUGUGGAAAGACUUUUACUCACCACUCUGUUUUUCUCCGACAUAGUAGGACCCACAGUGGAGUGAAACCCUUGGAGUGUAAAGAAUGUGCAAAAGCCUUUUACUACAGCUCUUCCUUCAUUCGACACAUGAGGAUUCACACUGGAGAGAAGCCCUAUGUUUGCAGAGAAUGUGGAAAAGCCUUCACCCAAACUGCAAAUUUUGUCCGGCAUACUAGGAUCCACACUGGAGAAAAACCCUUUGAGUGCAAAGAAUGUGAGAAGGCCUUUUGUAACAAUUUUGCCUUAACUAGGCACAUGAGAACUCACACUGGAGAGAAACCCUUUGAAUGCAGUGAAUGUGGAAAGACUUUCAGCCACAGUACAUCGUUCACUCACCAUCAGAGGAUUCAUACCAGGGUUUAAAAGAUAUAAGAACACCUGCUGCAAGUCUGUCCCCUCAAUCAAUUUGCAUGAGCACAUAGUGCUGAAAUAUCUUUCUUUUUGUUCCCAUGCAAUGCACUGUAUGAUGUUUGCCAGGCAAGGUGACUCAAGCCUAUAAUCCCAACUACUUUGGAGGUAGAGAUCAGGAAGAUCAUGGUUGGAGGCCCACCUGGGCAUAAAGUUAGCAAAACCCCCCUUCUCGAUCAGUAAGCUGGGUGUUGUGGCCUACUGUCUGUGAUCUCAGUUUUGGUCAGACGGCAUAGGUAAGAGGAUCAUGGUCCAUAGCUGGCCUCAGGCAAAAACAAGACCUUACCUGAAGAGUAACUAAAGCAAAAACCAUUGGGGAUGUAGUUCAAGUGGUAGAGCAUGUACCUAGCAAGAAUUAGACCUUCAGUUCAAACUUCAUUACCACAAAACAGCUAGAGAAAGAAGGAAGAAGGAAAUAGAGAUAGAGAAGGAAGAAAGGAGAAAGAAAGAGAAUCUUUAAUACAACUAUUGAGGAAAGUCUUUUGCCAGAGAAAUAUUUUACUCACUAUGAGAGACUUCAUACUGAAGGUGAAUAUCAUAAUUGCCAUCCUGUGAAAGCUUUUUGCUGUACUUGUUAUCCUAAGUAUUAUAUUAGAAAUCAAUCUAGGCCAUGCCUAAUUCUACAUCUGAGAAUCAUCCAGAAGAGAAACACAGUGGAUAUCGUGCAUUUAGGUAAAAUGUCAGCAACAACUUUCCUUUUAUUUAAAAUAAAAAUGAGCUUCCAUAUUUUAAAGAAAAGAGAGAUGGGGGAAUAAAUAUAUAAGGGAAAGGAAGCGAAAUAUAUGCAUGACAUCUGUCCAAUUUCCCAAUCUAUGACAGUUUGUCAUGACGUGGAGAUGAGAGAUUUAAAAAGUCCUCAUCAUAAGAUGUGUUUUUUAAAAACCCUGAAUCAGGAAAGUUGGACAUUUAAGAGCACUUUGCCAACAUUACUUAAAAGUAUUCUUCUAAGACAUUGCCAUUUCUAUGCCUGCAAAAUACAAAGUCUUCCAUCUUGAAAUACUUAAACACAUGCACACAUCUGUACAUUUGCAGUGAAUUCUUGUUAUUUGUGGUAGUUAUAUCCUGUGAAUGUGAAACACACUAGAUUCUAAGUACUAAACAUUUUUUGCUAGCAGAAAUACAGGGUUAGUUUCCUAUAAGCCUCUGGCCCAAAUAUUUUCAUCAACCAAUCAAUACAUAAGUUUCUUACGGUUUUUGUAUUUGAAAACACCUUACCUGAUUAACAUAUAUUUCUU